AUGGCCCAGGCUCCCCUAGCUCGGUUCCUGCUGGCCUGGACGGCCCUGUUAUGCGUGGCGGGUGGCCAAGGCCGCUGGGAUGGGGUGGUGGAACCUGCAGGUUCCGGACGUGUGCGGAGGAGGGGCGGCCCCAGCAUCUUGCAUGGGCCGAAUGUGUGUGGCUCCCGCUUCCACACCUACUGCUGCCCUGGCUGGAGGACUCUGCCUGGCGGGAACCAGUGUGUCGUGCCGGUCUGUAGGCACAACUGCGGCGAGGGCUUCUGUUCCCACCCCAACCUGUGCACCUGUGCCGAUGGGACGCUGGCCCCCAGCUGCGGGGUAAGCAGAGGGUCAGGGUGCAGUGUGAGCUGCAUGAAUGGGGGCAGUUGCCGGGGGGAGUCCUGUCUGUGCCAGAGGGGCUACACAGGCACCGUGUGUGGGCAACCCAUCUGUGACCGCGGCUGCCACAACGGGGGCCGCUGCAUUGGGCCCAACCUCUGCGCCUGUGUGUACGGCUUCAUGGGGCCUCAGUGUAAGAGAGACUACCGGAUGGGGCCCUGCUUCAGCCAAGUGGGCCCUGAGGGGUGCCAGCACCAGCUGACGGGUCUCAUAUGCACCAAGGCGCUCUGCUGUGCCACUGUGGGCCGUGCCUGGGGCCUUCCGUGUGAGCUCUGCCCUGCACAGCCACACCCCUGCCGGCGCGGCUUCAUCCCCAACAUCCGCACGGGGGCCUGCCAAGAUGUGGAUGAGUGCCAGGCUGUCCCUGGCCUGUGCCAGGGGGGCGGCUGCAUCAACACAGUGGGCUCCUUUGAAUGCCACUGCCCUGCCGGACACCGGCUCGAUGACAGUGGUGCUAAGUGUGAAGACCACCGGGCCGGCACUUGCUUCUCAGUGCUGAUUGCGGGCCGCUGUGCCGGAGACCUCGCUGGACAGUACACUCGCAGGCAGUGCUGCUGUGACAAGGGCAGGUGCUGGGCGGUUGGCCUGACUCCUGGGCUGUGCCCUCCGAGGGGCUCUGAUGAGUUCCAGCGACUGUGUGCUCAGGGGCUCCCGCUGUUGCCUUCCCACCCCGGCCUCUUCCCUGGUCUCCCAGGCUUUGGAUCUAAUGGUGUGGGUCCUGCCCUUGGGCCGGCACGACACAGUCCCCAUGGCUCCAAUGGGCAUGGGGUCCCCAGCCUGGGACCUGGAAACUCCAAUAUUGGCACAGCUGCUCUAAACCAGACCAUUGACAUCUGUCGACACUUCACCAAUCUGUGUCUCAAUGGCCGCUGCCUGCCCACCCCUUCCAGCUACCGCUGCGAAUGCAAUUUAGGCUACACCCAGGACGUGCGUGGCGAGUGUAUCGACGUGGACGAAUGCACCAGCAGCCCCUGCCACCAUGGUGACUGCGUCAACACCCCUGGCUCCUACCACUGCCGGUGCCACGAGGGCUUCCAGGUCACACUCACCAGGCAGGCGUGUGUGGAUGUGGAUGAGUGCAUCAUCAGUGGUGGCCUCUGCCACCUGGGCCGCUGUGUCAACACAGAGGGCAGCUUCCAGUGUGUCUGCAAUGCAGGCUUCGAGCUCAGCCCUGAUGGCAAGAACUGUGUGGACCACAACGAAUGUGCCACCAGCACCAUGUGCCUUAAUGGCCUGUGCCUCAACGAGGAUGGCAGCUUCACAUGUCUCUGCAAGCCCGGCUUCCUGCUGGCACCUGGUGGCCGCUACUGCAUGGACAUAGACGAGUGCCAGAUGCCCGGAAUCUGCAUGAACGGCCACUGCACCAACACUGCGGGCUCCUUUCGCUGCCAGUGCCUGGGGGGGCUGGCCGUGGGCCCGGAUGGACGCGUGUGUGUGGACACCCACGUGCGCAGCACAUGCUAUGGGGCCAUCGAGAAGGGCUCCUGCGCCCGUCCCUUCCCUGGCGCUGUCACCAAAUCUGAGUGCUGCUGCGCCAGUCCGGACCACGGGUUUGGGGAGCCCUGCCAGCUCUGUCCUGCCAAGAACUCUGCUGAGUUCCAGGCGAUCUGUAGCAGUGGUCUUGGCAUCACCACAGACGGUCGAGACAUCAACGAGUGUGCCCUCGACCCCGAGGUCUGUGCCAAUGGCAUGUGCGAGAACCUUCGGGGUAGCUACCGCUGCAUCUGCAACCUGGGUUAUGAGGCGGGUGCUGAGGGCAAGGACUGUGCAGACGUGGAUGAGUGCACCCUCAACAGCCUCCUGUGUGACAAUGGAUGGUGCCGCAACAGUCCAGGCAGCUAUAGCUGCUCCUGCCCCCAGGGCUUCAGCUUCCGGCAGGACACAGAGACCUGCGAAGACAUCGACGAGUGCCUGUCCAGCCCAUGUGUGAACGGUGUGUGCCGGAACCUGGCUGGGUCCUACACCUGCGAAUGUGCCCCUGGAAGCCGGCUGGGGCCAUCUGGAACCAUGUGCCUAGACAGCACCAAGGGCACCUGCUGGCUGAAGAUCCAGGAUGGCCGCUGCGAGGCGAACCUGCAGGGAGCCACUCUGCGGUCUGAGUGCUGCGCCACCCUCGGGGCUGCGUGGGGGAGCCCUUGCGAGCGCUGCGAGAUCGACCCUGCCUGUGCCCGUGGCUUUGCCCACAUGAAGGGUCUCACCUGCGAAGAUGUGAACGAGUGUGAGUCCUUCCCUGGGGUCUGUCCCAACGGACGCUGCCUCAACACCGCUGGCUCUUUUAGCUGUGAGUGUCCCGAGGGCCUGACGCUGGACGCCACUGGCCGACUGUGCGUGGACGUGAGGCUGGAGCCAUGUUUCCUGCGUUGGGAUGAGGACGAGUGUGGGGUCCCCUUGCCCGGCAAGUACCGGAUGGACGUCUGCUGCUGCUCCAUCGGGUCUGCAUGGGGAGCUGAGUGCGAGGCCUGCCCAGAGCCCGAGUCCCCGGAGUUCGCCAGCCUGUGCCCGCGGGGGCUAGGCUUCUCCAGCCAGGACUUCCUGUCUGGCCAGCCCUUCUAUAAAGAUGUGAACGAGUGCAAGGUGUUCCCUGGCUUCUGUACACAUGGCACCUGCCGCAACACUGUGGGCAGCUUCCGGUGCUCCUGUGCUGGGGGAUUCGCCCUGGAUGCCCAGGAAAGGAACUGCACAGACAUCGACGAAUGCCGCAUCUCCCCUGACCUCUGUGGCCAGGGCACCUGUGUCAACACCCCAGGCAGCUUUGAGUGCAAGUGUUUCCAUGGCUAUGAGAGUGGCUUCAUGCUGAUGAAGAACUGUAUUGACGUGGAUGAGUGUGCAAGGGACCCGCGGCUGUGCCGGGGAGGCACUUGCACCAACACAGAUGGGAGCUACGAGUGCCAGUGUCCCCCUGGACACGGGCUGAUGGCUGACGGCACUGCCUGUGAAGACAUCAAUGAGUGCUCCCUGAGUGAUGGCCUGUGUCCCCACGGCCAGUGCGUCAAUGUCAUCGGUGCCUUCCAGUGUUCCUGCCACGCUGGCUUCCAGGCCACCCCUGACCACCAAGGCUGUGUGGACAUCAACGAAUGCCACGUCCAGAACGGUGGGUGUGACGUGCACUGUGUUAACACUGAGGGCAGCUUCCAGUGCAGCUGCGGACAGGGCUACUCCCUGAUGCCCGAUGGGAGGACCUGUGCAGACGUGGAUGAGUGUGAAGAGAACCCGGACAUUUGUGACCGAGGCCAGUGCACCAAUGUGCCAGGAGGUCACCGCUGCCUGUGCUACGAUGGCUUCACUGCUACCCUGGACAUGAAGACAUGUGUUGAUGUGAACGAGUGUGACCUAAACCCUCACAUCUGCCUCCACGGGAACUGCGAGAACACGAAGGGCUCCUUUGUCUGCCACUGCCAGCUGGGUUACGUCGUCAGGAAGGGGGCCACGGGUUGUUCCGACAUGGAUGAAUGUGAGCUUGGGGAACACAACUGUGACCUUCAUGCUUCCUGCCUCAACCUCCCUGGGAGUUUCAGCUGCAGGUGCCAGCCAGGCUGGGUGGGGGAUGGCUUCGAAUGCCACGACCUGGAUGAAUGCACUGUCCAGAAGCAUCGGUGCAGCCCAAGAGCUGACUGUCUCAAUGCUCCCGGCACCUACUGCUGCACCUGCCACCAGGGCUUCAUUGGGGAUGGCUUUUCCUGUGAAGACAGGGAUGAGUGUGCCGAAGACAUGGACCUCUGUGAGAACGGGCAGUGCCUCAACGCGCCUGGAGGGUACCGCUGCGAAUGUGAGAUGGGCUUCAACCCCACAGAGGACCACCGGGCCUGCCAGGACGUGGACAAGUGUGCCCUUGGGAACCUCUGUGCAUUUGGGAGCUGCGAGAACCUGCCCGGAAUGUUCCGCUGCAUCUGUGAUGAUGGUUAUGAGCUGGACCGCAGUGGUGGCAACUGCACAGACGUCAACGAGUGUGCAGACCCAGUGAACUGCAUCAACGGCCUGUGUGUCAACACCCCUGGUAGCUACCUCUGCAACUGCCCUCAAGAUUUUGAGCUGAACCCCAGUGGGGUGGGCUGUGUCGACACCCGGGUCGGAAAUUGUUUUCUGGACACGCACGACCGAGGGGACGGUGGCAUUUCCUGCAGCACUGAGAUCGGAGUUGGCGUCACCCGAGCCUCUUGUUGUUGCUCCCUGGGCCAGGCCUGGGGCAACCCUUGUGAGCUGUGCCCGAUGGCCAACACCACAGAGUAUAGAACCCUGUGCCCGGGAGGUGAGGGCUUCCGGCCCAACCCCAUCACUGUCAUUCUGGAAGACAUUGAUGAGUGCCAGGAGCUGCCAGGGCUGUGCCAAGGGGGUGACUGUGUCAACACCUUCGGCAGCUUCCAGUGCGAGUGCCCACCUGGCUACCACCUCAAUGAGGACACCCGCAUCUGUGAGGACAUUGAUGAAUGCUCCACACACUCGGGCAUCUGUGGCCCUGGCACAUGCUACAACACCCUGGGGAACUACACCUGUGUCUGCCCUGCAGAGUACCUUCAAGUCAACGGUGGCAACGACUGCAUGGACACGAGGAAGAGUGUCUGCUUCCGACACUAUAACAGCACCUGUCGGAAUGAGCUGGCCUUCAACGUGACCCAGAAGAUGUGCUGCUGCUCUUACAACAUCGGUCAGGCCUGGAAUAGACCCUGUGAGGCCUGCCCCACUCCCACCAGCCUGGACUACCAGAUCCUGUGUGGGAACCAGGCGCCGGGCUUCGUCAUUGACAUCCACACCGGGAAGCCCCUCGACAUCGACGAGUGCGGGGAGAUCCCUGCCAUCUGUGCCAACGGCGUCUGUAUCAACCAGAUCGGGAGCUUCCGCUGCGAGUGCCCCAUGGGCUUUGACUACAACAGCGUCCUGCUGGCCUGUGAAGAUGUGGACGAGUGUGUCAGCGGGGAGAGCUCCUGCUGGCAAAAUGCCAACUGUAUCAACAUCCCUGGCAGCUACCGCUGCGGGUGUGCCCAAGGAUACAAGCUGUCACCAGGCGGGGCUUGCGUGGGACGGAACGAGUGUCAGGAGAUCCCGAAUGUCUGUAGCCACGGCGACUGUAUGGACACUGAGGGCAGCUACACGUGCCUGUGUCACCGUGGCUUCCAGGCCUCAGCUGAUCAGACGCUGUGCAUUGAUGUUGAUGAGUGUGAACAGCAGCCAUGCGGGAAUGGGACCUGCAAGAACAUCAUCGGCUCCUACAACUGUCUCUGCUUCCCUGGCUUUAUGGUGACACACAACGGGGAUUGUAUGGACACUGAUGAGUGUACUACACUGGUGGGGCAGGUGUGCCGAUUUGGCCAGUGCCUCAACACAGCUGGCUCCUUCCACUGCCUCUGUCAGGAUGGCUUCGAGCUCACAGCUGAUGGGAAGAACUGUAUGGACACCAAUGAGUGUCUCAGCCUUGUGGGAACCUGCCUACCAGGCACCUGCCAGAACCUUGAGGGCUCUUUUCGCUGCAUCUGUCCCCCCGGCUUCCAGGUGCAGAGUGACCACUGCAUUGACAUUGACGAGUGCUUGGAGGAGCCCAAUCUCUGUCUCUUUGGCACCUGCACCAACAGCCCCGGGAGUUUCCAGUGCUUCUGCCCCCCUGGCUUUGUCCUCUCUGACAACAGGCACCGUUGCUUUGACACACGGCAGACUUUCUGCUUCACCCGUUUCGAGGCCGGAAAGUGCUCGGUGCCCAAAGCUUUCAACACCACCAAGACCCGGUGCUGCUGUAGCAAGAGGCCUGGGGAGGGCUGGGGUGACCCCUGUGAGCUGUGUCCUCAGGAGGGCAGUGCUGCCUUUCAGGAGCUCUGCCCCUUUGGCCACGGGGCAGUCCCAGGCCCAGAUGACUCUCGAGAAGAUGUGAACGAGUGUGCAGAGAACCCUGGUGUCUGCACUAAUGGCCUCUGCGUCAAUACUGAUGGUUCCUUCCGCUGCGAGUGUCCCUUUGGCUACAGCCUGGACUUCACUGGCAUUGGCUGUGUGGACACAGACGAGUGCUCCGUCGGGCACCCCUGUGGGGAAGGCACAUGCACCAACGUCAUCGGAGGCUUCGAAUGUGCUUGUGCCAAUGGCUUUGAGCCUGGCCCCAUGAUGACCUGCGAGGACAUCAACGAGUGUUCCCUGAACCCGCUGCUCUGUGCCUUCCGCUGCCACAACACUGAGGGCUCCUACCUGUGCACCUGCCCGGCUGGCUAUGCCCUGCGGGAGGACGGGGCCAUGUGUCGAGAUGUGGACGAGUGUGCAGAUGGUCAGCAGGACUGUCACGCCCAGGGCAUGCUGUGCAAGAACCUCGUGGGCACCUUUGCAUGUGUCUGCCCCCCAGGCAUGCGGCCCCAGCCUGGCUCUGGGGAGGGCUGCACAGACGACGAUGAAUGCCGCACCCAACCCAGCCUCUGCGUCAAUGGCCGCUGCGUCAACACUGUGGGCAGCUUCCGGUGUGACUGUGACCAGGGCUUCCAGCCCAGCCCCACCCUCACCGAGUGCCAUGAUGUCCGGCGGGGGGCCUGCUUUUCCGAGGUGCUGCAGUCCCUGUGCCAGGUGCCGUCGAGCAGCGGCGAGGCCAUCACCAGGGCCGAGUGCUGCUGCGGGGGUGGACGGGGCUGGGGGUCUCGCUGCGAGCUCUGCCCCCUGCCCGGCACCUCUGCCUAUAGGAAGCUGUGCCCCCAUGGUUCAGGUUACACUGCCGAGGGCCGAGACGUGGACGAGUGCCACGUGCUCCCUCACCUGUGUCCCCACGGCGAGUGCAUCAACAGCCUCGGUUCCUUCCGCUGCCUCUGCCAGGCUGGGUACACACCGGAUGCAGCUGCCACAGCCUGCCUGGAUGUGGACGAGUGCAGCCAGGCCCCCAAGCCAUGUACCUUCCUCUGCAAAAACACAGAGGGCAGCUUCUUGUGUGCCUGUCCCCGUGGCUAUUGGCUGGAGGAAGAUGGCAGGACCUGCAAAGACCUGGACGAAUGCUCCUCCAGGCAACACAACUGCCAGUUCCUCUGUGUCAACGCCAUCGGCACCUUCACCUGCCACUGUCCCCCCGGCUUCACCCAGCGCCACCAGGCCUGUUUUGACAAUGAUGAGUGUUCAGCCCAGCCCAGCCUGUGUGGCACCCGUGGGCGCUGCCACAAUGUCCCAGGCAGCUUCCGUUGUGAGUGUCACCAAGGCUUCACCCUGGACAGCUCAGGACGUGUCUGCAAAGAUGUGGACGAAUGUGACGGGCCCCAUCGCUGUCAACACGGCUGUCAGAACAAGCUGGGGGGCUACCGCUGCAGCUGCCCCCAGGGCUUUACCCAACACUCCCAGUGGGCCCAGUGUGUGGACGAGAACGAGUGUGCACUGUCGCCUGCGGCCUGCGGCAGCGCCUCCUGCCACAACACACUAGGUGGCUUUCACUGUGUCUGCCCGUCUGGCUUCGACUUCGACCAGGCCCUCGGAGGCUGCCAGGAUGUGGACGAGUGCGCUGGAAGGGGCGGCCCCUGUAGCUACGGCUGUGCCAACACGCCCGGAGGCUUCCUGUGUGGCUGUCCCCAAGGCUACUUCCGGGCUGGGCAAGGACACUGUGUCUCUGGCCUGGGGUUCAGCCCUGGACCCCAGGACACCCCAGACAAAGAGGAGCUGCUCUCGCCUGAAGCCUGCUAUGAAUGCAAGAUCAACGGCAUUUCCCCCCGAGACCGGCUAAGGCGCAGCACCCAUGGAGACCACCAGCUGAGCCUGGCCACCCUUGACUCAGAGGUCCCACUGGCCUUGGGCUUGAACCUGUCACACCUGGGCCAGACUGAGCGCAUCCUGGAGCUGCGGCCAGCGCUGGAGGGUCUGCGGGGCCAGAUCCACUAUGUCAUUGCCCACGGCAACGAGCAAGGUUUCUUCCGUGUGCGUCACCUCCAUGGCUUCAGCUCCCUGCAGCUGGGACGGCGGAGGCCAGGGCCUGGAACCUACCAGCUGGAGGUGGUUAGUGUGGCAGGGCCUCGGGGUCCCCAGCAGGAGGGGCGCCCUGAGCUGGGGAGCCAGGCCUUGCGGCUGAAGGUGCACCUGAAACUGCUCUAG